GUCGCCACCUGUGAACUGCCUAUUUACGUUUUCGUUUGUGUUCAUCAGUUUGUGUGUUGUUGUUAAUUUUCACUCGAAUCAGCGGAGUGCAAUAGAAAAUUGUGUUUUCCGAUAAAUUAUCAAGUGUUUCAGCUCAUCUUGGCGUUUUUAGUUCUUAAUUUCAUCAUGUUUUUCGUGUUUGAAGAUGGCUCAAGUUAUCUGAAACUGGAAUUGGUGAAGGCUCGACUCAGGUUGCAUUUUUGGUGUAAAAAAGAACUCUGGUAAAAAAAUGUCAUAAUGCCCAAAUCUGGCCAAGACCGGCCGAAUACAGCAUCCUCGUCAUCCAAACUCGUCAACAAAGAGAAAAUUCACUGGUGCAACAACUUGAACACAGUUGUUAUCGCUGCGUCUCCAAAUAGAAGCUUGAGCUUUUCGGUCGCUGGUGGUUCUGACAACGGAGAGUUUGUUUACGUUCAAGAUGUAACAGUCGGGAAGAUCAAUGUGAUCAAUGGGACUCUGAAAAAAGGAGACAUCAUACUUGAAAUCGAGGGCCAAAAGAUAGCCGGCUAUACGCUGAAUGAUACCACUGCUUGGCUGAAUCACUGCACAUUAACCUCUGAACAAGUCACCCUAAAAACAGUGCCUGCAGGAUCCAUUACACCUGAUCUCUGUCAAUUUCUAAACUCAAGCUUUCAGAAAGGCUCUGUAGACCAUGAUCUGCAAAAUACCAUCCGGGACAACCUUUAUCUGAGAACUGUGCCAGUGACUACCCGACCUCCUCGUAAUGGUGAAGUGAACGGUAUUGACUACACCUUCUUAACGAACGAGGAAUUUUUUCAGUUGCAAAGAAACGGGUGCCUUUUGGAAAGCGGAAUCUACGAAGGGAACCACUAUGGGACUCCGAAACCUGCCAAAGAUUCUCAUUUGAUAAAUUGUCUGGGUGACGAUAGCAAUAGCAAUGUAAAGUCUGCGUUCGGGCUUAUACCUGGUGCUCAUCCGAGUUCAGAAGGCAAACGCAAGCGAAAUCGCUCAAACGUAGAAGCCAUGGCAUCAAAAAAUCUAGAUGCCAACUCUCAACCAAUGGGGGAAAAUGACGAUGUAGUCGGGCAACAAGAGAAAAUGUCUCCCCCCAACUACUACCAUCAUUCGGUCACCGACAAUUCAGAUCCGCUUCUGAUGGAUCUUGGUCCUUUGCCUCCAAAGUGGGAGAAAGCUUACACAGAGAAGGGAGAAGUUUAUUUCAUAGACCAUAACUCAGGAACAUCACACUGGUUGGAUCCAAGACUGUCGAAAUUCCAGAAAAAGUCCCUGGAAGACUGCUCUGACGAUGAGCUGCCCUACGGUUGGGAGAGAAUAAACGAUCCACUGUACGGCACGUACUACAUAGAUCAUGUCAACCGACAAACGCAGUACGAAAAUCCAGUCAUACAAGCAAAGUCAGCUAAGGGCAUUGGUUCUAGAACAAACGAUGUUUCUAACAAUGGUGAAAAUGGGACAGCCUCAAGAAAACAUCUAAAUAAUGGCUCACUGACCAGCCACUCGGAUCAGGGGUCCGUGAACAAUAAUAGCAAUUUUUCAGUGAAAUCCAAGAGUGCAAGUGAUGAACCCUAUUUCACGCUGAACCCAAACGAAUUGAUGGGAGAGAGGAUACAUUCAACUUUAGUCAAAUCUUUGCGAGGCUUGGGUAUCACAAUUGUCGGUGGUGAUGACUCCAAAGAAGAAUUCUUGCAGAUCAAAUCUGUCGUGCCAAAUGGCCCUGCAUGGCUGGAAGGAAAAUUGCAGACUGGUGAUGUUUUAGUUUAUGUAAAUGACAAGUGUGUAUUAGGGUACACACAUCACGAUAUGGUUUCAGUAUUUCAGUCAAUAGCUCCGGGAGAGACAGUCAAACUUGAAGUAUGUCGAGGGUACCCGCUACCUUUCGAUCCAAAUGAUCCCAAUACUGAGGUUGUAACAACAGUAGCAGUUAGUGCGCCAGAAACAGAGAACAACAGCUCAAAUGCAUUCAUAGAACAAGAUAUGUACUUGAAGAAUAAUUUAAUGCGAGGGAAUGUUCAUAACAAUGCAAAUGAUCUAUCAAAUCACUCUGUGAAAUCGGUGCCUGAUCUUUACGCAUCAGAAAAAAUGCUGAACAUUGAGCGGCCGAACAGCACGGACUUGAUUCUAGAAGAAGAUGAAGGCAAACCAGAAUAUUUAACAAUGCAAAUUGUUAAAGGUGCCAUGGGGUUUGGUUUCACAAUUGCUGAUAGUGCCUAUGGACAAAAGGUGAAGAAAAUUCUAGAUCGUGACAGGUGUGAAAACCUAAUGGAAGGAGACAUUCUUGUCGACAUAAACAACAUCUGCGUCCGGAACAUGUGCCACGCGGAAGUUGUCCAAGUACUAAAAGACUGCAAUCGGAACGAGGAAGCUUCGAUCACCGUUCAGCGGGGAGGGCCCAGGCCUCGGAAGCCCGAUCUCAAGCCAGGACCCUAUCGAAGCAAAACGCCCACCGUAGACUUCUACAGCUCAAGACCCAAAGAAAUAGUCACAAGUAGACCAAAAACUCCACUCAUCGACACGAGGUCGAGGCCGAAAACGCCGACGAGAACCGACCAACCGCCCACGCAGACGGACAUGUACAUCAUGGAAAAUAGCAAUAGUCAUCAUAAUUAUUCUCGUAGUUACAGCCCCGGAAACGAGCUGGAACAUAACGAGAAUAACUGGAGUAACAAAAUCCCGGGUCACCACAACGAUGAUCUGAUGUCUCGCGUGUCUCCACACGGAACGUAUUACAAUGGAUAUUUAGAGCCCUCGGAGAGGAGUUACUGCCUAGAUCUGCCUAACCAGCAAGCUGCAUACUAUAAUGACUGUUUCAAAAAGAGGAAAGAGACUACCAGCUUUGAGAACGAGCAACCUUUGUCUAAUUCAGAUCUGAGGUACGUCGACCAAGAUAUGGGUUAUCAGAACAACGUAGGUAUCAAUAGGGUCGAAAACCAUCCUAGGCUUCAUGGCGGUGAUUUUGUAGAGUCAACUAUCACAUUGAUCCGGCAGGAUACUGGAUUUGGCUUUCGCAUAGUCGGAGGAACUGAAGAAGGCUCGCAGGUCUCUAUCGGUCAUAUCGUCCCAGGAGGUGCAGCAGACUUGGACGGACGCCUAUGCACGGGUGACGAAAUAGUGAGCGUCGAUGGUCAGUCAGUCAUCAAUACAUCACACCACCAUGUAGUUCAGUUGAUGGCAAAAGCAAGUCGAGUCACGUUAGGCAUUCGGAGACGAAUAUGCUUACCUGGUCAAGAUAUUCAGUAUGACACCAUGAAUGUUUAUCCGUAUGAUGUGACGGUGAAAAGGAGUGAGAAUGAAGGCUUCGGCUUUGUUAUAAUUUCAUCUUUGAACAAAGCUGGUUCUACAAUAGGUCGAAUAAUUGAAGGAAGUCCGGCAGAAAGAUGCGGGCAGUUACACUUAGGAGAUCAUAUUUUAGCAGUUAAUGGAGUUAACAUAAUGAGUCUGCAUCACGGUGAUAUUGUCAACCUCAUCAAAGAUUCAGGCUACUCUGUGACUUUGACCAUCGGGCCUCCUUUAGAUGAUGCAUCCAGCACUGCGUCAAUGACAGCAUCGCAUAGGCAAGAAGAUGUCAUGGAAGGCGAAGAGCAAUACCACGCUGUAGAGUUGAACAGAGGAUCUCGUGGAUUUGGUUUUAGUAUCCGUGGUGGAAGGGAAUUCCAGAACAUGGCUCUAUUUGUUUUGCAGAUUGCCGAAAACGGUCCUGCAGCAUUAGACGGUCGCUUGAAGAUUGGUGAUCAAAUAAUUGAAAUCAAUGGAAUAAAUACCAAAAAUAUGACCCAUGCUGAAGCCAUUGAAAUCAUACGCAAUGGAGGACCUUCUGUUCGACUUCUCGUGCGAAGAGGUGGUCGAGUCCCGCCCAUUCCUUUGGAAGAUCAAAUGAUAUCCGGAAACAACAUGCUUCAACAACAACCUAACAGUCUCAUGUGUUUGAACAUGGCCAACAACGCCUACUAGUAGUGCUGUCUCGCAGCCAUCGCUUAGCCUCAUACUUCUAAAACUGGUUUUUCAGUUACCACUCUCAGACUCUGAAUAAAUGCUCAUUUUACGUCAUCUGAUGUAAGUUGUAUAUUUAAGACAAAAAAUGUGUUUCUCUUUUUUUUUUUCAUUUGCCAAUGUGACCGAUGAGAAGGAUACAAAGGGUGAAGAUUUCAAAAAUCAAGUCCCUGAAAUUCAUUGCUCUCAUUCCUUUUUGCCAUUUUAUGGACCUUUUAAUGAUGGUUGUGAUGUUUGCAGAUAAUGCUGCCUGUCUGCUAGCAGUGUUGUUUGCUGUUCAACAUAGUAUAAUUUGUGUACUAUACUUUCAAUCUGAGGUAUUGCUGUUUUUAGAUUAUUUUCAGGGGUGCUUUCUGAACUCAUCUGAAAAUUUCUGCAUCAGACAAUCCCAUAUUUUCGAAUAUUCUACUGUAGUAAAUUUCAACCUAAUAUUAGAAUUCUGUCCUCUUUUAGUAUUGUCAUGAGUUCCCGUAAAGCACUAUUUUGUUCUUGUUUAUGGAGUUCAAGAUUGAUGACGUCCAGUAAUAUAAUAUAUGUAUAAAAAAAGUGUAGAAGAUCUGAGGUUGUUCUGAUUUUUAAUGGCUCAAAUGCUUAAUUUUUUUUAAUAUCUUAUUCAGUACGAAUAUUAAAUCUAAACAUAUUUCAAUACGACCAGGUACAAAUUUCAGUGUUAUGAUGUAUUUUUGUCAUCAAAUUUUCAUGUUGAACACAAUUUUUACCACAAAAGUUAUUGAAAGUAACUUCUAAUCAAGAUAUUAAUGUUCUCCGGUGCAGAAUUCCAAACCAUUCUCUAUUGGAAAAAACCAUUCUCUAUUCGAGACGAAUGGAAGGGACAAUAAUUAUACCAAGACAGUUUCCGCUGAAUGGAAAAUGGCACCUUUAAUUUUGAUGCUGAAGCUCAGCUGUUGCACAUCAUCCAGACUUUGAACAACUCAGGGUGGAGAAAAAUACUGCUCAAUUAAGAAGCCUGCCAAAAUCGUUGUAGUGCAUGAUUUGAUUGACGUAGCCCCUGGUUUUUUUUUUUUUUUUUUUUUUUUUUGUGAGUGAGAAAUUCAAAUUUUUUGUAGCUAGGGCUGAAGAAUUCUGUUGAUAUCUUGGUUGGGAGUCAAUUUCAUUCAGUUUUAUUCUGUCUAUUGUAUUCUAUGUGAAAUUUUAAAGAGGAUCAUAUCAGAAUGCUCAAAUUGGUGCCUUGUGCACCUGUACGGAUACUGUAUACCUUGCACUAUUGCUUAUUUGGCAGUGUAUUAUUUGAUUCUACAUUCAAUAAGAGUGAAAUUUUAUUGAAUGAAUGAAGAUACUAUGAAGAGAAAACCUGGAAAAUUUCAAAGGAAAAAAAGUCAUCAAAAAACGCAAGCUGUGUCAGAACAAAAGGGCUAAUUUGUAAAACAUGUUACACUUUUCGAAUCAAUUUUCAAAGACCAAAAACGCUGUGUUCAGAAAACCUCUAUCUGAUUCAUUCAGUGAUAGCAAAUUGUAUUUCGUAAAUAAAACUUGUAUUGGUUGUAACAUGAACCCUCCAUUUAACUUAAAAGUUUUUUUUUUUUUUUUUUAAUGUUGAAAGUUGUUUCCUUGAUGUUGGCGAAAGGUGUGUUGAUUUGUAAGGAAAAUUAUCGUUCUUAAAGAAUUGCACGUACAUUUCCAGUAGCAAAGUACGUCAGUUAUGAAUACUGCCAAUAACUUUUUGUUUUUUUGGCUGAAUAGCUUUACUGAUUGUGCCAGUUAAUGUGCAGGUAUUGACAAUUUACGUCUCUAAACACAGGGUUCUCAUAGGCCUCGAGUGCCUCAGUUUUUUGUGAUGCAUCCGUUUCCACCUUUUACUUAAUUGAAACAUCACAGCUUAAUUUUUUUUCGAAGCUUAAAAUGGCAUUCUGUAAAUUUUUCUUCAACAAUUUUCACUGUUGUACCUUUGGACUCAUUUUAUUGUCUUGAAACUCAUUCUUUCUCGGGAACAUGUUUCAAAUGUCUUAAUUUUUGCACUCCCUGGAUGCACUCUAUCCAGGGGCAAUCAGAUUUUUCUCGUAGGAUAGUUUGUAAUUACAACUGAACAAUUUGUUUGGUGAUUUUGUUUGUUUUUUUUACUCAUUUAGGGUAUCUUUUAAGACUGUUUCUUCUCCUUGAAGACUAUGAUUACCUAAGUGCAGCUUCUCUGUUAUUCAUACUAGUGCUUGACGUGAUAUUUCUCAGGGGUGCAGAAAAUGAGGAUCUCAAGAUAGUGCACGGUUCGAAUCGCCGUAAAAAGUAUCUUGACAUUUAUUUUUCUAGGCCCCAAGAGUGAUUGAUUUUUUGGAAGAUCGACACUUCAACUCUUGAACGAAGUAUCUCAUUUGAGGAGGUUUUAAAAUCUGCUCAUAUUUUUGUUUUAUUAAAGAAGAACAUUUUAAUAUCAUUCCUUGAAGUAUUCAUAGAAUUUUUUUUUUUGCACUGAGGAGAAAAAUCGCGAAAGUGUUUAAGAAUUGACAUUGAGUAGUUUUCCAUUUAAAAAAUUAAGUAUGACUGGAAGUCUGCAUUGUCAGAAAUGGAGAUGUCAAGAUGCUUGAAAAGCGCUUGAAUUUCUCUCUGAAAUGAAUGUCAGCAGUACUCACUUGCUGUUUUAAGAAAUUACAGCAUUUUAUGUUAAAUAGAUUGUUUGGAAAAACAAGACCGUUACGACGGUGGGACAUGAUGUACCUUCCAAGUAAGCCAAACAUUUCUGACUGGAACUCAUGAUACAGAGGAAAAAAUUGUAAAUCUAGAAAAGAAUCAUGAUGAAGAUUGUGGAAAGUGCUUGAAAAUUCUUCUAAAAGUGCUUUAUUUAUUAUUCUUGAGGCUGCAUGAAUCAUUAGUAGGUAAAAAAAUGCAGGCUAUUUAAUGAAAAUUUCUUUCGCCAUCAUAAAAUUUCCACAAGCCAUGUGCACUCUCAAUAAUUUUUAUAAUUUAGGCAGUUUUCUAUCAUGUAAUAUAAAAGUAAGAGGUAUUUAUAUGGAGGAAAAAAAAUUGAGCCAAGUCUAACUACCACAAAAAAAGAUAGAAAUCUACAGAGAAGGGAGAUUUCCACCAGGUUCCUGUGAUUCAAAUAAAAGCAAAUUCCACCCGAUUGUGAACUCUCAAAGUUCACCAAACGCUUGCCAGUUUUUUGUCAUAGUGCAUUUUUUAUCGAUCCUCAAAGUACUUACACAGUCAGGAAAAAUGUUCCUAUAAUUUUAAAAGAACCAGACAUUUUUUCUGUUUUUGUUUCCUGCACCCCUGGCGACAUUACUUGUUGACUUGCUGGAAUUGAUAGAUCAUCAUCUUAUUUUUAAAAUAAUUUUUGCGGGCUCGUGUCUUGACUAUUAAUUGAGCGGAGUCCACAGGAAUCAGUCUAACUACUUGAGACGUUUCCUAAUUUUCUCUGAUGUUUUAUUUUUAGAACAGAUAACUAAGCAACACUGAAACAUGAAAUUCUGUGAGUUUAUUCUUCUUAAUCUAGGAUAUAUUCACAGAAAAUGUGAAGAUGUUAAAUAGUUCAGUACUCUUUUAAAAAAAUGAAGAAUUAGCGAAAAUGUGGCAGUAUAAAAUGCAGUUGGGGUGAUUCUGGUUAAUCUAGAUAAUCUUUUUUUCUUCUUUUUUUUUUGCUUUGAAAGUGCUUUAUUUGAAUUUAACAGAAGAAGACUUUUCCUACAAUAUCUGUCCACUCGGUACGCACACUCCUUUGAUUAUACGUAACUCAGCAUUUUCUCUUUUUCACCUAUUACACAGUAUUUCAGUAUUGUAGAUACUUUGUACAUACAUAUGUAAGUUGUAUAUUUUCUUCAGGGUCUUGUUAUAAUUUUAAGUGAACCCUUGUACGGAUUGAAAUAGCUAACUGUAAAUGAGAUUGUGAUAUUCUCUCAUUUGUGUACUAUUUAUACUGUGCAUUUGUUUCUCCACAUUUUAACGUCUCUGAUUCAUUUUCAUUAGUGUUACUUUCACCAUGAUCAAUGUUUUAUUAUUAUGACCGAACACUUUUCACCGCAAUAUUUUGUUGUACAAUUCCUAUCUUUUGUAGGAUUUUCAUGCAAUAUCAUUAAUGAGACCCCCCUCACCUACAAGUUUUUCAAUAGCAGAUAAAAGCUAUUAUGCAAAAGAAAAAAAUAAGUUCUCAGUUUUUUUUCUUGAAAAUGCUGUUAUUUGAUUAUUUUGUGAUGAAGUGGACUCUUGUUCACAGUAUGUGCCUAAGCCUCUUUUUUUAUAAUUUUAAAUUUUUUGUAGAAUUUUUACCCUCUAUUUAUUUUAUCUUAGAUUUGUCUAUUUCCUGUUAAGUUAAUCUCAAUACAGUUAAUGUUUUGUUGCAUAUUGUAAUUGAUCCUUUCAGCACUUGCGCGCAUGGAUUUAUCAUCGCAAAUGAAAGCGCAAAAGUGUACGCUAUUUAUGAUAUCUAUUAAAUUGAUUUUUAUUCCUCCAA